GCCGCUUCCUGUUCGGACACUUCAGAUCAGGAAGAAGAAAUAAUGGCGACGCUUGUGGGGCCCUGCUCCCCUUGUUUUGGAGCAAAACGGAGAAACUGCAGCAGUAACAUUGUCACAACAUUAACGGCCAGUAAAACCACUAGCCGGGGUUUCAGUCGAGGAACACAGCUCCCAGCUGGUCUGCUCCUGGAAAGAGAUAAACGGGCCAAGUGGAAUGGCAUCCCUACGCUGCUGCAGAAGAUCUACGAGAGCAGCCACCCUAACAGUGACCUCGCCUAUGCUCACAGCCUUCUGAAGGUAUUGUCAUCUCAGCUCUCCAUGGAGGCGAUGUCUUUAGUCACAGAGGACCGGAAGGCUGCUCAGGAAUCCACCUUCCCCAACACAUACACUUUUGACCUCUUUGGUGGGGUUGAUCUGCUUGUGGAGAUCUUGAUGAGACCCACACUAACUAUGCAGAAGAAAAAACCCAAAACGAAUGAUGACUUGGUGAAGGACUGCCUUAGUAUUCUCUACAAUUGCUGUAUAUGUAUGGAAGGGGUCACAAAAAGCCUGGCAGCGAGGGAUGACUUCGUUCUGUUUCUUUUUACCCUGAUGACAAACAAGAAGACUUUUCUACAGACUGCUACUCUAAUUGAAGACAUACUGGGAGUUAAAAAGGAAAUGAUCCAGUUAGAGGCCAUUCCCAACCUGUCAGGCCUGGUCCAGAGCUUUGACCAGCAACAGCUGGCCAACUUCUGUCGCAUCCUGUCUGUCACCAUCUCGGAGCCUGAUGUAGGAAAUGAUGACAAGCACACCCUCUUGGCUAAAAAUGCCCAUCAGAAGCGAAAUGCUAGUCCCUCACGUGCGGAGGUCAACCAGGUGACUCUGUUGAAUAUUCCUGGCUUCAUUGAGAGACUCUGUAAGCUUGCCACCAGGAAGGUGUCCGAGGCUACAGGAACGAACUUCCUGCAGGAGCUGGAGGAGUGGUACACGUGGCUUGACAAUGCUUUGGUGCUGGAUGCUCUCAUGCAGAUGGCCACAGAGGAGGUUGAACAGAGUAGCACAGGUGAAGUGAUAAUGUCACUAUUUGUACACACAGUUUAUAGGUUUCCUGUAAAAUACAGCUUAACUUUAUUUUCCUCUCCAGAAUCAUCUGAUGAGAGUUCCCUGGCAACCAGUCCUCUGAGACAUCGUCUUCCCCAGUCCAUGAAGAUUGUCCAUGAGAUUAUGUAUAAAGUGGAAGUACUCUAUGUGCUGUGUGUCCUUCUCAUGGGCCGACAGAGAAACCAGGUUCACAAGAUGCUGGCUGAGUUUCGUCUCAUUCCGGGACUAAAUAACCUGUUUGACAAGCUGAUCUGGAGGAAGUACACCGCUUCAAAUCAUGUGGUGCAUGGGCAAAAUGAAAACUGCGACUGCAGUCCAGAAAUCUCCUUUAAAAUCCAGUUCUUGCGGUUAUUGCAGAGUUUCAGUGAUCACCAUGAAAACAAGUACCUUCUGUUGAAUAGCCAAGAGCUGAAUGAACUUAGUGCCAUUUCCAUGAAGGCCAACAUCCCUGAGGUGGAAGCUCUGGUCAAUACAGACAGAAGCCUUGUUUGUGAUGGCAAGAAGGGCCUCCUCACGCGUCUCCUCACUGUCAUGAAGAGGGAGCCUCCCGAGUCAUCUUUCAGAUUCUGGCAGGCGAGGGCAGUGGAAAGUUUUCUUCGAGGAGCCACUUCUUAUGCUGACCAAAUGUUUCUCCUGAAGAGGGGGCUAUUGGAGCACAUUCUUUUCUGCAUCAUAGAUAGUGGUUGUACAUCCAGAGAUGUCCUGCAGAGCUACUUUGAUCUGCUUGGUGAGCUCAUGAAGUUCAACAUUGAUGCCUUCAAAAGAUUCAACAAAUAUGUCAAUACUGCAGAGAAGUUUCAGACUUUCCUCACUCAGAUAAACAGUUCUCUGGUGGACUCAAACAUGCUGGUGCGCUGCAUUGUUCUCUCCUUGGACCGCUUUGAGAACCAGACUGAAGAUGUUCAAGUGGUGGAGGUGCUGUCUGAGUGCUGUCUGCUGUCCUACAUGGCCAGAGUUGAGAACAGACUGGCUUUCCUCUUCAGACUCAUCAACAUCAUCAACGUACAGACGCUCACACAGGAGAACGUGAGCUGUUUAAACACCAGUUUGGUAGUCUUGAUGCUAGCCCGUAGGAAAGCAAAGCUGCCUUUCUACCUCAACGCACUGCGGGAGAAGGAAUACGCUGAGAAGUACCCAGGCUGCCUCCUCAACAACUUUCACAACCUGCUGCGCUUCUGGCAGCGCCACUACCUCAACAAGGACAAAGACAGCACGUGCCUGGAGAAUAGCUCCUGUAUUCCCUUCAGCUACUGGAAGGAGACGGUGUCGGUGCUGCUGGGCUCAGACGGGACGUCUCUGUGCGCCAUAGCCAGCUACAUUGAUGAGCCUUUCAUGGAGCUGGACAGAGACAUGCUGGACGAUUGACCUGCAGAACGUGCAUUCAGUGUGCCAGGCAGGACAGACAGAGGGUCGACGGGAGCACGGACUCUGCUGAACCGAACCAUCCAUGAGCUAUGUGACUGUUGUGGAUGUAAAGACUUUUCUGGCUGAACAGGAGCCGAGCUUCACAAACCGGAGGACCUUGCCUGCCUGAAGGAGGAAGCUGAGUAAUCAGACCGGAUCACCCACAUGCUAUAACGGACAGUAUUGGGAUGUGGGGAAAUGACGCCUGCUUUGGUUCUUUGCUUUAGAUAAAAUCAAAAUAGUCUUUUAUAUAACCUAUAUAAAAUUCUAUGAAAAACAUGUAUGAAUCAGAAAAUUGUUAGAAAAAAAAAAGUUUCUUUUCACAUGGAUAGUUUUUGGAAAUGUUGGCAGAUUGAACUUUGACCUAUUACAGGUCAGCGGUGCACCGCCGCUUGCCCGCCUACUCUCACUACCUACGUCCACUCUUCACCACUCCACUGUCCGACUUUUGGGGAGAACUGGUGACAUUGGAGUAUUUCCACGGGUGUUUUCAGCAAAAUUUUAAUUUAGUCAGACUUACGAGUUGGUUGUUGCUGGUUUGUGCUUUCUGGCGCAGCACGCUUAGCUAGCUAGUUGGUCAGCUGCCAUGUUUGACAAAGUCGCACGGGGCUCCGCACUUCAUGCCAUCCACUCUGCUGCGCCUUCACAGGCUGCACCCACUGACUUUUUUUUUUUAAAUGUCAUGAGGCAAAUGGUGUGUUUUAGUUUUGGAUAAACUAGAAUAAAACAUUGCACAGAGUAAACUGUUUUAUGUUUAUUUUAACCUUUGUUGAUUAAAAAGCUGAUUUGUAUAACAUUUUGUACCCAUGUUGUGAGAGAUCUUUUGAGAAAAGAAUAAACUAUGCAGGUGCUAGUGUUAA